AUGAAAACAAGGACACACAAAGAAUCGGCGCCCAUGCGCAGUGGGCGGAGGCGGGGGGCGAGUGAGGAGAGGCGGGGCAGGAGGCCGCACACCAGCCCAUCGAGGAACGACCGCAGCGACAGACAAACGCAAAGAGUCGCUGCGGAGGAACUGGCUGCAAACCGCUUCAGUCGCAGAUCACAAGGCCACGAUUCAUCCGAGAGUGAGGGGGAGGAACUUGUCUCUCCUCCAAAAAGACAGAAAGUUCAGGAGACACCUUCUAACCCGAAUCCUCCAACAUCCUCACACGCCACAGACAGCUCAACUCCUUCCAAUGCCCCACCUCCGACAUCGACUGCCAACCAAUCUCGUGAGAGUGACAAUGAAGAUGGCCAAUCGCAAGGAAGCAGGAGUUCUGUUGUCGGGAGUCUGGCCAACAGCAGCAGCAGUUUGAGCAGUGGGCGGGACAUAGACCAAGACAAUCGUUCCUCAUCUCCCAGUCUGUCUGCCUCUCCUUUGGGUAGUUUAGACUCAGAUUCGGACGGUCCUGAUUCACCAAAGCAAAAAGAGACCGAAAAAAGCAAGGAAAGCGGCUCUUUGAAAGUGACAGCAGAGGAACGGAGAGCAUUGAGAGAUUUGAGAGGAGAGGAAGCAGGUAGAGAUGGGGAGAAAAUCGAAGCCGAUACAACCGGGGAGGACUUCCCAUCACUCAAGCCCCCGAGUACCCCAUGCUCCUCCUCUGGUCCUUCUCCUUCCCUGCGCGGAGCUGGGGACUCGUCUAAUGACAGCAGCAGUGGAAGGAAGUCUUAUUUUUCCAUGGACUCAAAGUUAGUGUGUAAAGUUGAGUACGGUGCAAGCGGUGACGCCAACAGAGUAAACCAAAAAGUGAGUCCUCAAAGUGUGACUAAGUCUGCAAUACCUGGAGGGGAUUGUCCAAAUAUUCCCCACUCGUUGCCUCCGCCUCUUCCCCCUCCACCUGCCUUGAAGCCCCUGGAUGUCACUGCGCAAAGCAUGUCCACAGAGGUUAAAACUGAGAGGGAGAAAUCCGACAAAGAUAAGGUUUUAGAGAAACCGCAGUCCACUCCACCCUCCCUUCUUCCUCAAAACAGUCCGCAACCUCAGGGUCAGCCCUCUCAUCCACAUCACUACAGCGCCCCCACCUGGCAUGGGCCCACGCCGACCAGCUGCCACGGUAGUUGGGGGUAUAACCGUUACCCGAACAAUCACCAUCAGCCUCCCGUGCAGCAGCAACAACUUCCGUCAGUCUACAACCCACCGUCUUCACGCCAUGUCUCCUCUCACGCCUCUUACUUGCCCCAUCACCAUCGUGAAUACAUGCCCAGAUAUACAGGGGCUGAGCGGGACAGAGAGAGGGUGGCAAGAGGGGAGUCAAUCACCAGCAAUAAUACGAGCAAUAGUAGCGGAACUGGGGGUAGAGAUUUUGGGGGGCUGCCUGGUCAAAACCGUGAUUUUCAAAAUUCGGGAAGGGAAGGAGCAAACAUGGGAGAAAGGAGAGACUUUGGUCCAGCUUUUCGAGACCGCGAGCGGGAUAGGGACAGAGAGGGAGGGAGGGAAGGUCCGCCCUCAAACCCAAACCAAUCGAGAGAAUUCGGACCCAAUGGCCCAGGAGUUGGCCAUCCAAGAGAUAAAGAUGGCAGUAGGUGGGGUGAGUUUGCAGGUCAGCCGAAAGAUGGUAGUCAAACUAACAGCACAAAUUCCUCCAAUGGGGUGCCGGUCAAUGCUAUGUUGAGUCGAGACCCGCCUGCGUCGCCCCAAAACAACAGCAACCAUGCUUCUCUGCCACCCCAUCCUCCCGGCUCAAGCAGUCGGGAUUUACCAAUAGACCCUGCACAUGCGCCUCCUUCUACGCCAGAGCAUUUUCAUAGAGACCGGGAUUUUCCUCCUGGUGUGCCUGCUUCUACCAGUGCAAAUCGGGAGUACCACAGCCCCUCUGGUAGUACAAAUUUGGUGAGAGAUUACCCGGGUGGAGUGCAACACCCGUCCCACGCUCACUACCAAGCAGUGCCCAGGGAUAGAGAAAGGGAUUCCAGGGAUUCAACUUUGUACCAAAAUCGUAGCGGGUCAAAUCAGCCCCCUGCUUUGUCUCCCUCUUCCUCUGCACAUUUUCCGCCAAAUUCUCCCUAUCCACCAUCACAGAGCUCUCAUAACCAGCCAGCUCCCCCAAACCCCCGACCUGCUCAUUACCAGUCCUCUGCACAGACCCCUCCCACACCCCUAUCCCCCUUACCAAGUCCAUCAGCUAACCAGUUCUCUUCCUAUCCCCCCGGCUCUUCAUCCGGGUCACUACCUGCAUCAAGUUGCUCACCUGGUUGUCGGCCGGCCCCCUUCCAUGACGGCCAAUCAGAGUCAGGUCCCAGUGCCACGCCUGUGAUCAAAGAAGAGCCAAUGGAAGAAAGAGAAGAAGGAGAUAGCCCGCCCCCAGUUCUGAGAAGUCCGUCUCCAGAGCCCAAACCUGUGGAUAUACCCAUUCAUGCAAGUCAGUCUGCAAGGUUUCAUAAGGUGCUGGAUCGGGGCAGCGGAAACUCUUGUGCCCGCAGUGACGUCUUGUUUGUGCCUCUGGAUGGUUCCAAACUGUGGAAGAAAAGAAACGAGAUGAUUGAACGGGCGAGAAGAGAGGUCGAGCAAAGAGCGAGAGACCUGAGAGAGAAAGAGAGAGAGAGGGAGAGAGAGAGAGAGCGGGAACUGGACCGGCAUCUGCAGCAGAAGGAGGUGAACGCAGCAGGCCCUGCUCGUGGAGGCUCUUCUCUCUUCUUUCCUUCGUCUUCUUCCAUCAUCCUGGACCCGUCCUCUUCUUCCGCCUCUUCGGUGAACCCGCACCCACCCCCUCCUCACCCUCAGCACCACCCGUCCCACCCACAUGCACACCUGACCCCAGCACACCACCUGCACCCCUCCCUAUCCCACUCCAUACCCCACUCGCUCCUGCUGCCCUCUAUGGGUGGGGCCCCCGCAGUUGUGGGGCCACAGGGGAGUCUGGGCAUCGGGAUUGGGGGGCCGUACUUGGGCCCUGACACACCAGCUCUGAGGACUCUGAGUGAGUACGCCCGCCCUCACGCCAUGUCUCCUCUGGGGGCAGCGAGCCGCGCGGCGGUGCACCACGCGCAAAUGCACCACGGACAUCCGCACAUGCACCCGUCCUUCUUCCUGCCCCAGUUUCAGAACCACGCUGCCAUGGCUCACCCGCACCACCUCCCAGCUGACGCCGCCACUGCCGCCGCCAUUCUGGGCUUCUUGUACGGUGGCAGUCUGGAGGGGGGUCCCACAGUCGGACACCCGGGUAUGCAUGGAGGACAUGUACCAGGGGGACUUGGCGGAGCGGGUUUGGGCGGAGUGGGCUUCCCUCACGGUAUACCGACGCAUCGGGAUCGACUAAAGCCAGGGUACGAGUUCAAGAGUGAUGACCGUGUUUACCCGCCAGGCCACAUGGGCGACCCCACUGCUUUGGCGCUAGCCCACUCGCACGCUCACGCGCACUCCCACGCUCAUGCCAGUGCACAUGGCCACCCUCUGCUGCUGGGAGCUGGUGGGGGAGGCCCAGAGGUCUCCAUUUAUGGAACACCCCCACCUCCUGGACCCCAUCCUCCACAUAUCCAAAAUCCAGCUCUGGCUCCGGUGACGCGACCCCCAGUCGCACCUGCCCCACCACCACCACUGCCCAACCCGCCUCCAUCGUCUCUCCUGCCGCCCACUCUGCCCCCCGCACCCCCUCCACCCGCUCCAGCCGCCCCGCCUCCCACAGCACCUCCAGCCCCAGCACCUGCCCCUCCGCCCACCUCCACAGCCUCCUCCCUCCACCAGACCUCCCCACAUUCCUCAUUCACCGGACCUCACCUGCCUCCCGCACCCGCCCCUGAGAACUACCCCCCGCAGAGUCGCUCCCCUGCGUCCUACGAGAGAGACCGGAGUGCAGACCGGGACCGGGACAGAGCGCCUGCCUUUUCUGAGAGGGAAAGAGAGAGGGACAGGGACAGAGAGCGGGAUAGGGACAGGGACAGAGACAGGGAGAGGGAGAGAGAGAGGGAGAGAGAGAGAGGAGGCAGCACUGGGACCACAGGAGGCGCUGCAGGCACAGGGGGAGGAGCGGGAGGAGAAAACCUGGGACGGCUUCAGAUGAUGAACGUGACGCCGCAUCAUCAUCAGCAUUCACACAUCCACUCACAUCUGCACCUGCACCAGCAAGACACAGCGGCGGGCGGGGUUCACCCCCUGAUGGACCCGUUGGCGUCAGGCUCUCCUUUGGCGCGCCUCCCUUAUCCCGGAGCAACUCUUGGAACCCCGAUCCUGGCACACCCCCUCACUGACAGCGAGGUGCUCCGCCAACAGCUGUUUGGUGAGGAGAAGGCUCCUCGUCCAUGUGCUCCAUUUCGUGAGCUGCCCCAGUCGUCCUCCCUCUCAGGGCCUAUGUCCGCGGCUCAUCAGCUGCAGGCCAUGCAGCAGGCCCAGAGCGCAGAGCUGCAGAUCCAGAGACUGGCUUUGGAACAGCAGUGGAUCCACCACCACCACUCACUCUCCCAGGAAGAGUACUACAGUCACCUGAAGAAGGAGAGCGACAAGACCCUGUGA